AUGGAGGAAUAAUAGCAAUAAUUUAAUUAAGAGCAAUCAUAUAAAGAGGCCAAAGAUAAAUUAAAUGAUAUUGUAGAUACCAUUGUUUUCAUCACAAUGUAAAAUAUUCCUCUAGGAAUUCCAACCUAAAUUGGAAAAUAACAAGCCUUUUAAAAUUAGGAAAUACUACUCUUUUUAGGGUUUGAUCAUUCAUUUAUAGAUCCAUUAUAUUCUCAUUAUUCAGGUAAUAAGAUAAUUUAAGAUCAUGAAUAUAUCAAAAUAGUGGAACUAAAGAUAGAAUCAAAAUAGUAUUAUCUGAUUAAUUCACCAUUUUCUUUAGAAGGAAUUAAAGAUUAAAAAUUAUGUCGCAAAUAAUGUGUUACAAGAUUAACUCUGAAAAGCUUUUUAGAAACACUAAAAGAAUAAAAAUUUCAUGUUAUUGUUAAUUUCGAAAAACUUUAAGGAGAGAAUAAUUAAACUAAACUUAAUUCGAUUAUUGAUUUUGGAUUAUUAAACUUUGGAUAAUUUGUUUUUAAAGAUUAAAUGAUCUCUUUGAUUUUUGAGAAUAAUAAUUUUUAAGAGGUUUCACAUUGUUUUGCUAAAGAUUUAUAAUAACAGAAUUUACAAAUUAGUCAUUAUUUGAAAGAAUAGUUUUUGAGACUUAUAGUUCAAAAAGAUAAAUUUUACAAACCAAAUACUGAAAAGGAAUAAAAUUAUGGAAUUAUGACAUUAUUUUUAUCAUAAAAUUUGGAUGAUUAUGCUAAUUCCUUAACAAAUAUUUUAAGAAGAUUUUAAGAUUUACUUUUAAGUUUGCAAUAAAUUCCAUGUCUUGAAGAUGAAUAAGAGUUGAAUAAAAGUUUAAUUCAAUAUUUGGAUGAUCUAGAUGAUGUAAUCUAAAAAAACUCUAAUGAAUAAUUAAAAUCCAUAUCUUAACUUUUUAGAGUAAUAGAUUAAAUCAAUUAAAAGUAUCAUCAUAGCAUCAAUAAGUAUUUAAAAUCUUUGAACUAUUCUAAUUUUAAAAAGUUCUUAAAAGAAAAAAAUAUUUCUGUAGAAGAUAUAGAGAUACCAUAUCAACUAGUAGGCCUAUAAUAAAUUUCAUAUAUUAAUAACUUUUUUGAAAAAUAUAUAAGUGAAGAUUAUUUAGAAAAAAAUAUAAAUGAAGUGAAAAAUUUAUGUAUUAAUAUUAAAUGCUGGAAAUCAUGUUGUCAAUCUUAAGUAGAGAGAAUUAUUUAUAAUUUUUUGCAAAUAAUAAAAGAAAUUCAAGAUGAACCAAAUCAAUAGAGAGAAGUUGGUGUUUUUGUUUUUGGGAAAAGCAAAGUAGGCAAAAGUACUUUCUUAAAUUUAAUCAAAGAUCCUGAAUGUUUAACAAUAGAAAAGAGACUAAGCAAUUUAUGUUAUGGUCUUAAAGAAGGAUAUUAAUCAGAAUUUGAAAUAGGUCAUGGAUACAAAAGUAAAACUUAAAAGGUAUCAGGUAUAUAGAUGAAUGAUAUUUGGUUUUAUGAUUGUCCUGGUUUUGAUGAUAAUAUAUCAGAAGAAAUACGAAUUGCUCAUCGGAUCAGUUUAUAUAAUCAUUUAAUUAAAACAAAAAUAGUCAUUGGAUUUAUUUUAGUUGAUUCUUCUAUAAACAAUUUAUAAAUUAUUAAGGAUACAUUAGAUCCAUUUUUUUUAUUGCUGAAAGAUAGAAAUUAAUUAACAAAAGAAAACAAUAUGUGGGCUUCUUUAGUUUUAGUCAAACCUGAAUAAAAUACAAGAAAAGAUCAUAUUAAUUAAUGGGAUGAUGUUUUUCAAGGUUUAUUAGAAGGUAAAUACUCAUUUUACUAAGAAAUGUAUGGAAAUGAUAAUUAAUGUAUUGAAUUUCCUAAACCUAAAAAAGAGAUGCUACCUGAAUAGAUUUUAUUUUAAAAUCAAGAAUUAAAAAGAUAAAUAUUAUAGAUAAUUAAUGAUAAAAAAUAACAAUAAUAGUAAUAAUAAUUUUAACUAAAAUUUGAAUUAUCUAUUGAGUUCAGAAUAUUUUAUUAAUAUGAAAAUGUACUUUAGAAGCUUUAGAUUAAAAUUGAAUAGAUAGUUUCAUUAUUAAUAGCCUAAAUAGAUUAAUAUGUUUUAAAAGUUCAAGAUCCAUUUGACGAAAAAAAAAACCUAUUUCAAAAUUUGCAAUCGUUUAUGGUUGAUGAAAUUAAUUAAGAAAAUGUGAAGGAAAUUCUAGAAAAUAUUUUGGAAUGGUGUCAAUUGAAUAAAUAAUUCAAAUAUAAUUCUUAAUUUCUGCAAAGUACAAUUAAUGAUGUUUUAGAUUGUUUAAAAAUUGAAAAAUGUUUUAAAAAUACAUAAAUCUCCCCAAUUAAGGUUAAUACAUAAAAAAUCAAUAAAAAUGUAGAAUAAAUUCUGAAAAUUAUAAAAGAAAAUGGUUAUGCAGAAUUUGUUUUUGAUGCAUCACUGAUGUUGGGAACUAUAGCUUUAGUAAUCUAUUCUGCAGGAACUGCUUUUUUAGGAGCUGCUGCAACAAAAGAAAUGAUUUAAAUAUUAGCAAUUAAAAUAUCUAAGUAAGUAGCCAAACGGGCAGCUCUUUUAGGAUUGAGUGGAGCAGGACUUGGGACUUCAUUUAUCAUUCAUUGCUAUAGAUAAGGGUUAUUAAAAUGGAGAUAUGAGAAUUACUUAAGAGAAACAGAACAAAAUAGAUAGUAACCCCAAAGAAAUUGA